AUGUCUGGAAACAAGCCUGUGACGCGUCCGACGCGUUUGCAAGGACUGCUUACCCAGCCAUUGAUUCCCAGUCCUGUCAUCAACUGGAUCCUUCCAGCCCGUCUCCGAGAUAAAGACCACAAUGAUGUGGCUUUCAUUGGAGAACGGCGAAUCCAAAUCAAGGAAGCCCUGCCCAGUGGUCAUCUUCAAGAUGUUGUCGAAAAAUCAGACCUCGAUGGCUCGCUAAUCGGGGCAAAAGUCAUCAAUGUAAGCACCGAGUUGCCUUGGGAAAGUGAGGCUCAAUCAGAGUUGGUGCCUCCUUAUUACAAUGAUAACCUGCCUCCUCAACUCCUUUUUCUUGCCACGGACUCAAAUGAGCUCCUUUUCAUGUACUGCUCAGAACUGGGAGAUGGCCCAUUUGUUUCCUACAGUCGCCCUCUGCCCCGCGAUGUCAACAUAGCCGACAAAUAUGGCAAGCAUAUAGCUGUUGAUCCCAAGUCGCGUGCGGUCGCAGUCAGCGCGUCGCGUAAUUUCUUCGGUGUCUUGUGGUUAAAAUAUCCCGGUGAACUCCAGAUGCAGAUGGCUCAGGGCAAGCUGAACCCACUUGAAAGUGAAAAUUUCUUCCAAGUCGAUGGCGAUAUCCUGUUCAUGGAAUUCCUGUACCCGAAAGACAUCAAUGACAAACGGACCAUUCUACUGCUUAUCAUCCAUAGGCUUGGCACAACACGGUCUAUGGUGUUUGAAUGGGAUGAAGCCAGCACGAUCAGCCGCAUGAAUCCCAAGAUCACCUCAACUUGUCUGCCUCACCAAGACCAGUUGCCUAGCAUCGUCAUCCCUUUGGCCAAAGAAUCCUCCUACCUCCUGGUCACCACGAAUUCCAUGGCGAUGUACACGCCCAAUUGCUCGUCUCGUCCGAUGCGAUACCCGCCAAUCAUUCCUGAUGCCGAAUCAUCAGACGCUGGACUGUGGACUCGUUGGGCCAGACCUUCGCGAAACUGGAUGUACAGUCAGAGGUACGAUGGAAUCUUCCUUUGUCAAGAAAAAGGCUGGAUCUAUUAUCUCGAGUUUGGCAACGAUGGUGAACUCGAAACUCAGACUUCUUUGGGUCAACUCCACUGCGAUGUUGAUACGGCUUUCGAUAUCCUUGAUAUGGGCCAUGAAGGUGGUGACUUCAUUCUCGCUGCUGGAAGCCAAGGUGAUGGUGGAUUGUUUGUCCAGGAGGCACGGGAUCACCCCAGAUGUGUCCAGCGGUUCGUCAACUGGGCACCAGUUCCCGAUGCAGCUGUUAUUCCCUCAAAUACCUCAGACCUCUUCAAAGAUACUCCAUAUGACCACGAUCGGCUCUUUGUCUGUUCGGCCUCUGCUUCCGGUAAUGGAGCUAUAACCGAACUUCGAUACGGCAUUGAGGCUCAAAUUGGUGUCUCGGCAGAGUUGGGUGGAUUGUCCAGCAUAAGUGGUAUGUGGGCUGUGUCACUUGGUACUAGGGAUUCAAUCUACCUGCUGGCCUCCGAUCCUCUUUCAUCGUUGCUCCUCCAUACGACUCCCGACAUGAGAGAUGGCAUUACUGCCCUUCAAAACGAUGCAGAAUUGGAGACUCAACAGACUCUGGCAAUGGACUGUACACCUUCCGGUGUUAUUGUUCGGGUCACAGAAAAAGUUGUGCACUUUUUCUUCCCUACUGCUUUCUAUCUCAGCAGCUGUAUUCAACACGAUCCCCAUGUAUUUGUCACGGCAGCUAUUGUGGACGGGCCAAGUUCCACUAUUAUUAUGACUACAAGAAGUGAAAAGGGGAACUUUCUCCAUCUUCUUCGGAUAGUCGUGACUGAGGGAGGGAAAAGAGCCCAUCUGCAUCGCCUACCAAAAUUGGGGGACCUUGGAUCAAUUUUCCUCGGCACCAGCGACGGCACAGUGCUAUCAUUCGAGGUUUACAACGAGACUGGUGGAAUCAGACAACAUGCCGACACUCGUAUUUCAGUCGCCGACACUGCACAAGAUAUGUCAAAGGCGAUUGAAAGCCUCGCUGUUAUCAAGACUCUCUCAGACGAUAGAAUUCACGCGUUCCUUUUCUGUGGACUGCGCAGUGGCAUGCUUGUUCCGUUUGAGAUAGAUACAAACAUCACUAAUGUCCACGGUGACCCUGUCUUCGGUUUCAGAUGUUUGAAUCAAAGGGCGCCACGCCAUCUUGGGCAAACAUCAAUCAACAUCAAAACCCACAAUAAGUUUGCGUUCUUUACAUGCGGAGAUGAUUUCUGGCGGGUGUCAUUUGCCCCAGAUGGCAAUGGCUUUGACUAUUUCCUGUCCCGUGUUUGGAUCACAGAUCAAAACUGUCCCGCAUACUUCCCGAUCAGAUUCAGCGGCUUCGACCUUGUUGAUGUACGAGAUAAAUCGUCUCGGACUAUAACUACAUACAUGUUUUGUUUCGCGGAUGGUCAGCUUCUAGUAUGCUCCCUAGAUCAGGAAGCAAAGGUCGUUCCCCGACGCAUCGACAUUCCCGGAAAUCCAAGCAAGCUCACCUACUCCGACCAUCUCCGAUGUCUUAUUGUUUCAUAUUCUGUCGCCCAGCUCGGAGAAUUGCCUCUUGAUCUUUACCGCACGGCAUGUGUCGAGUUUGUGGACCCAGACACACAGUCGCCAGUGGUCUCUAACGAUAUGAACCUGGUUACUCAAGGCCUUCUCCCCUGGAGACCACACGGAGUUGCCGGAGAGAAGAUCACAUGCAUUCUUGACUGGAUGCCGUACAAGGACGGCAAUGCAUACCACCUUAUCGCAAUUGGGACUUCAAUCAAUUUGCCUCAUCAACCCACUACCCGCCAAGGUCGAUUGAUGCUCAUCCAAGCGUCUCGGGAUGCCAUCGAUCCUGAGAAAAUCACUUGCAUUGACAAGCACACGCAAUGGUUUAAUGACCCAGUUUAUGCGAUGACGGCGUACGGUGACAGCUUGAUUAUCGUCUCUGGGAAAAGGUUCUUCACAGUCUCCUCACGAAACUCUCAGACAAAAUGGGUUCGAAACAUUACCGGUGUUCUCCCAUCUCCAGCUGUCGCAAUAACGGUGCAAGGAGGGCUGAUCUACGUCACCACCUCGAGACAUUCCCUGCUGGUCUACAAGAUUGUAAAUGGGGACAUCGUGAUGCACGGUUCCGACCCAAUCGCACGCGAUGGUUUGUCUCACAAUUUCUUGGAUGCGAAUGGGUUUCAAUCGGACCUCCUUUUUGUGAGUACCCGAGGCGGAGCUAUCCGGACGUUCACAUGCCUGGAUCAACCGGGAGACCUUGUGCCACGUCCGACAGCAAAUCUCCCCGUCUCAUUGAUCAAGCUUGCUCGGGGCUGCAAGCCUCCAGCUGAACUGACGACCACCAAGACCUUCUAUGGUUUUGGCAUCAAUGGAUCGGUCUACAGGCUCUUGUGUCUGGAUGAGAAGGAGUGGCACCUGCUUCGACUUCUGCUCAACAUCUGCCUUAGGGAUGAGGUCAUCUGUCCCUCCCUGGCCCGCAGACAUCGCUACCUUGAUGCAAUCUCCCAGGUCGAGAACAGCAAGCAUAUUGACGGCAACAUUCUGGCUCGGCUUGCCAGUCGCGACUCGAAAUACCUAGAUGAGGUUCUCAUGGCAUGCAACAAAAGCCAGUUCAAGGACCUGACCCCCAAUACAGUGCAUAUGUUCUUCGAGGCGGUUGAGGACGUGCUUGAGGUCUACGACAACCAUACCCAGGCCGUCUUCAGCUGGCUUCGGAACAUGCUGCACAUUGAGAUCUAA